AUGAAUAUUCCAGGACGCAAUUUAGCGCAGAAAGAAGCCGAUCUUAAGAGGGUGCGUGCUCCAGACUGCAGCAUUUCUACUAUUUACCAGCUCUUAAAAGAACAUUGCUUCCCAUUUUAUCGAGGGAGCAAAAUGGCAAAUUCUGUGCAGACACUGUGCAUUUCCUUCUUUAUACUCUUCAUUCGGCAGACGGAACAAACAGUUUUCUUAUCUAGUCAAAAUGCUAACCAAAUAAUACAAAGAACCAAAAGGGCCAACUUCAUGAUUAUAGAGGAAUUUCGGAAAGGAAAUUUAGAAAGAGAAUGUCUAGAAGAAAGAUGCACAUAUGAGGAGGCCAGAGAAACAUUUGAAGACAUAGAUAAAACCGACAAGUUUUGGAAGACGUACUAUGGAGGCAGACCAUGUUGUUCCAGCCCAUGUGAGAACAAUGGAGUGUGCACAGAUUUUAUUCGAAGUUAUACAUGCAUGUGUCCAGAAGGUUACAAAGGAAAGAAUUGCCAGUUUGCCACAAAUGAAUGCCACCCCGAUGCAGAAGACGGAUGCCAGCACUUCUGUGAACCGAAAUAUGGCCUUGAUUUUUAUAUUUGUUCUUGUGCAUCUGGUUACUCACUGGGCGAAGAUGACAAGUCAUGUCACCCAACAGAUCCCUAUGCUUGUGGACAGCUGCUGAAUGAUGAGAAUACUACAUUACAGAGUAUCCAGAAAAACUACACCAGACCAUUUCCUUGGCAGGUACUACUAUUAAAUGCAGAAGGGACACCUUACUGCAGUGGAGUCAUACUUAACCAGUCUUUGGUAAUUACAACAGCAAAUUGUGGCAGUCAGCAGGGUCCAAUUUACAUCCUUGCGGGAAACAAAGAUGCUCACAACAUGCAGAAGAUCAGGGUGGCAAAGCAUCGUAUCCACACAAAAUAUUCCAAGGACUCAGAAGACAAUAACAUUGCUCUACUUAAACUUGAAGAAGGUAUAAAGUUCCACAAAUAUAUUUUACCCAUCUGCAUUCCCCAAAAAGACUUUGCAGAAAACGUGCUGAUUCCACGUGGCCCAGGUAUAGUGAGCGGCUGGACGCUGGACUUGUAUGACCCCGAAAUGAUGCCUAUUCAAUUCCCUGUAAGAGAGACUGACAAAGAAGAAUGUGAAUCUGCUUUCAAUGUAACACAAACAAACCGAAUGUUCUGUGGAGCAUCAAACAGUAGUAUAGACUUUGCAUUGGCUAAGGGGAGCCAUUUUGCUAUUGAACACAAUGGUGCAUGGUUCUUGGCCGGGAUUAUGGGAUCAGUAGAUCAUGAAUCAUGGAAUCCAAAUGUUUUUCCUUUUACUAAAAUAUCCAGAUAUAUCAUGUGGUUAAGGCAGAACAGUAAUUAA